AUGAACUCGAAUACCAGCUCCAACGGGGGGACCUCGACGAGAACCACAGUCAGCCCUCGCGAGCCCCACCUCAACGGUCUGAAUCGUCGUCAAAACGCCAGGCCGGCUCUGAAUCCGACGACGAAGAAGGGAGCCAGUCGACCUACCCCCAACGCCGUAACCAUGCUAGCCUUCGCAUGCCCACCUGAAUACCGUGGCAAGAACAUAAAGGAGCACAAGGAGUUCAUAUGGGCAUGCGAACUCGUGUUCCGCGAAUCGCCGGUGUUCAUCUAA